GGCCGAGUUCACCGACUUUCAAAACGGCUGUUUAACACUUAAACUACUGAUCAAGUCAUUUUUAAUGUUCACCACACGUUAACCAGUGUUUAAAGCCCUUAAACAGCCGAUCAUUAUAACCGAGGUCCAAAGCAUCGUUUAACCGUCGUUUAGCCUACCAUGUGUUGGACACAUGCCAUUUUUUCUAUGACUUUAGCUGCAACAGUUGCAUCAUUAUUUCGAAGUUCGCUGGUUUUGAGAAUAGAUAAACAUGCAGUCUGUGUUCAAUGUAUUAAUUGAUAACUAUCAAGAUCACUACCUAGGCAUUCUUGAAAAUCUAGAAGAUAUAGAGACCAGACCAAGGCGACCUAGAGUAUUUCAAGUGCGUCGUAAUUAUUACGAAGAAUUUGAUGAGGAAGCGUUUAAAAUUAGAUUCCGUUUGUCAAAACCCUCUGCCCUGAACAUACUACAACUGAUAGAGAAUAAAUUAGAAUUUCCCAACGAUAAGAAUAAUUCCCUGUCACCUGUAAACCAGUUGCUAUUGACUCUACGGUACUACGCAACUGGAUGUCAUCAACUGACCAUGGGUGAUUUCUCUGGAGUGAGUCGACCAACGGCUAAUCGUGUUAUCCACCGAGUAACUGCAGCAAUAGCCUCCCUGAGCCGUGAUUACAUCAAGUUCCCGCAGACUGAUACAGACAUUAGAAAAACGCAAAUAGAGUUUUACAAUAUAGCCAAAUUUCCAAAAGUUAUAGGUGCAUUGGAUUGCACACAUAUAAAGAUAAUAUCACCAGGAGGAAGCCAUGCUGAAACCUUCAGGAAUAGGAAAGGCUAUAUGUCAAUAAAUGUGCAAGCUAUCUGUAACGCCCAGUUGAUAUUAACUGACCUAGUAGUUAGGUGGCCAGGAAGUAACCAUGAUGAACGGAUAUUCAGUGCAUCUAGAAGGCAUGCAAUGUUUGAAUUGGGAAUGUAUGGUGAUUCAGUGCUUGUUGCAGACAGUGGCUACAUGAACAGAAGUUACAUGAUGAUGCCAUUAGAUAGAGUUGCUACACCGGCAGAAUCGUUAUAUAAUGAAUCCCAAAUUAGAACUCGCAACCCAAUUGAGAGAUUAUUUGGGGUUUGGAAAAGGCGCUUCCCAGUGUUAGCCCUUGGAAUUAGAGUUAAUUUGAAAAAUGUGCCCCCUAUUAUAGUAGCUACAGGUGUAUUACACAACAUCCUACAAAUGAGAGGGGAUGAAAUGCCUUUAGAUGACCCAAAUCUAGCCCUGCCAGCACCAUGGGAACACAUAUUACAGCAAGGAAGAGUACAGCGCUCUCUAGAUAAUAAUAUAAGAGAUGUUAAUCCCAAUAGGAGAUCAUUAAUAUCAAAUUAUUACCAAAGUCUUGUUUAAUACAUAAGUUAGGUACUUAUCACCAAUAAAUAAAACUAUAUUUCACAAAAUCAA